CUUGCUAGGCUCAGUUACCGGUGAUAUCACGUUGCAAUGAAUUGGACAUACUAUGUACUGUAGACUUGAUAGAUGACUAUUUCGUAAUAUUCGUAGUAUAGUUUGUAGAUUAGUAUCUUUCAUCUGUAGUUGCAUUACAAGCAAAUCCGGUUGUACGUUAUUUAAAAUCUGUGCCAUGACCAAAGAUCUCCGGAGAAGAAUACGUCAUCGAAACGGACCGGCAUCUCCGCCAAGACCUGACGGCGCUAAACAUCCAAAACACAAAAGUGACGUGGUCGUUAAAAUAUGUGUUAUUGGUGUAUUGAUCACAGUAGUGAGUUUAUUAGCUUAUUACAGAUACCAAUCUUUUCUAAAACAUAUUGUCAUAACUCCACUGAAUUCACCGAAAAUCGUGUCUGCCAACAGCUCAACCGCGACGGAAAAUGCUGCGCGAUUCUGGGGAACGUACAGGUCACAAACCUAUUUUGGUUUGAAGACCCGGACACCAAGAUCGCCAGUUGUAGGGUUGAUGUGGUUGCCACAGUUCACGAGGAAGAUGCCACCACCUGUGCGCCACUGGUGUGACCAGGCCGAUGAGAUUGGUAAAUAUGGCUGGCUGGCUCAUGAUGGAGUACAUUUUGGUGUGCAGGAAAUAGAGGAGAGUGGAUUCGUCUUGAAAACAGAGUUUGUCAAGAGACCGGGAGGUGACCAUGGUGGGGACUGGACAGCCAGGUUCACUGUGAAACCAAAGCUUCCUGACCGUCCGGUAGUGUUAUCUCUGAUGUUCUACAUAGCUCUAGACGGUGACGGUCACCUUGAGGAGUCGUCCACUAAGAAGAGGCUGACGGGGAUUCGAGGAAUCACACCGGAACUUGGACAGUUUGAGCUGAAAUUUCCAAAGAGUGUGUCAUCAGUCCAGAAGUUCCACCACCUGAUAACGCAUGCUGACCGCCUGGAUGAGCUGAAGGAUGUCCUCGUCAAGUCGAUGUCCCUCGACAACUGGGAGAAGUCGAGCAAACUGCCCUACUUCAUAUUCCAUGGCCGCUACGUUCCCAGGGACAGGAAGGCCAACUACAUAGUUCACCAGGUGACCGCUGUCUUGCCUCUACAGAUGGAGGUGAUAUUCGAGUCUGGUAGCUACCACAACAGACCCAGUAUUUUAUCUGGUGAUGUUUUUACUACUGAGCUGCACAAAUACCAGACUGAGUUUGAUGCUAAAUUUGAGCGACUCUUUCCGCUGCAUGUCAAAGGUUAUGGAGAAGAAGAUAUCUCCUUUGCAAAAGCUGCUCUGAGCAACCUAAUCGGAAGUAUUGGCUAUUUUUACGGGUCCUCGCUAGUUCAGUCUGUGUACAACGAAGAACCAGUGAACUACUGGGAAGCUCCACUUUACACCGGUGUGCCGUCCAGACCGUUCUUUCCUCGUGGCUUUCUCUGGGACGAAGGCUUUCACAAUCUACUCAUUAGCCAGUGGGAUGAAAGUAUUUCUGUAGACAUCAUCGGUCACUGGUUUGAUCUGAUGAAUACUGAAGGCUGGAUUCCAAGAGAACAAAUUCUUGGAGUGGAAGCCCGAGCUAAGGUGCCUACCCAGUUUAUUGUGCAGAGAAACAAAAAUGCAAAUCCUCCGACAUUUUUCUUACCAUUAAAAAGCAUAAUCAAACACAAGAUAGAAUCCAACACAGUAGAAGACAAAGCGUUUCUUAGUGCCUUGUACCCGAGAUUAAAGGCUUGGUUCACCUGGUACAAUGUGAGCCAGGUGGGCAAAACGUCGACCAGCUAUAGAUGGCGUGGACGAGACGAGAAAGCCGUCAAGCAGCUGAACCCGCUGACUCUGACGUCGGGACUGGACGAUUUCCCGCGAGCAUCCCACCCGAGUGACGAGGAAUAUCACAUAGAUCUCAGGUGCUGGUUGGCCCUCGCGUCUGGGGUCAUGGCUGACAUUGCUCGGUCUCUUGACAAGAACUGGCAGGUGUACGAUGCCACACAUCGGCGCCUGAUGGACAACACCGCCCUGGAUGAGCUCCACUGGUCGGAGAAAGGACAGCAGUAUAGUGACUUUGGUCUGCACACCGAACGAGUGAGGCUGGAGCGACCAAAACGGCCAGAGAACCUCCAGCCUGGACAGAGACCGCCACCACAGGACAAGGUGCGCACUGUUCAGGAAGAGCCGCACUUACAGUUCGUCAAUUCACUUGGUUAUGUCAGUCUGUUCCCGUUCUUGCUGAAAAUUAUAGACCCAAAGUCUCCGAAACUGUACACAGUACUCCGCGAUUUGAAAGAUCCCGCCCUCUUGUGGUCCGACUAUGGUUUACGAUCGCUGUCGAAGAGUGCGAAGCUAUACAACCGAUACAACACAGAACACGAUCCACCGUACUGGAGAGGGGCCAUCUGGAUCAACAUGAACUACCUGGCACUCGAUGCUCUAGACUUCUACUCCAGGGAGUCGGGACCGCACCAAGACACUGCACGUGCCAUCUACAAAGAGCUCAGAACUAACAUAGUGAAUAACAUGAUAAAACAAUACAGGAGAACUGGCUAUAUUUGGGAAAACUACAGUGACAAGACUGGGGAAGGGAAAGGCAGUCAUCCAUUCACAGGCUGGUCAGCACUGGUUGUACUCAUAAUGGGGGAGAAAUAUUAACGAAUCAUUCCAGUUCUAGUUUUAAUGUCUUGUUUUAUAUCAUGUGGCUGAACGUUUUGUCCUGUUAAAAUCAGGGAUGAAGGAAGGAAGGAAAUGGUUUAUUUACCAAUGCACUCAACACAUUUUAUUUACGGUUAUAGUGUCGGACAUAUGGUUAAGAACCACACUGAUAUUGAGGGAGGAAACCCACUGUCGGCACUUCAUGGGCUACUCUUUUCGAUUAGCAGCAAGGGAUAUUUUAUAUAUGCACUACCCCAAAAUCAAGGAUGAGGUUAGGGUUUGAGUUGGAAUAUAUUUGUAAUAGAAAAAUCAACCUUCACGGAGAGGAUUCGAACCACUGAUUCUCAGAGUGAGAGUCCAGCACUCUACCAACUGAGCUAAUGGGGAAUUUUCCACUAGUUACUGACAGUAGGAGCACUUUAUACCAACACUACUACAUAUUUGUUCAGCGAAACACUUGUCUGCGUAUCGUUAUGAUCAUGUUUGAAAUAUCUAAUUGCCAUAGAACCCAUAUGUAUCGGUUACCAUCCCUCUGCAGUCAGUUGUAAAGUUAGAAAAGGUUAAUGUUUGCAUCAUUGUGUUAUAUCAUCAUCGUCUUAUCUGUUAAGUUUUGUUGUUUGUUUCUGUAGUUAGUUGUGGAGCUUAAAGUUUAUAUAAGAAUUAUGCAGUUUAAUUAAUUAAAGGCAGGUUUGUACAUUUGAUCUAUUUAGUAACUCAAGAAGUUACAACCUGAAAUUAAAUCUAAUUUGUAAAUACAGAAUGUCAUGUCCUUUAUUCAACCAACUGUGUAGUAUUUAUAUCCCACUUGUUAUUUUGAUAUACAUGUAUUGUAACUGAAUUGUGGCUUCAUGUAUACUCAUGAAAAAAAGUUCCUGUGUUCCAAAAUAAAAUGGUCUCAAACCAAGUAAAUCUUGUAAACAGUUCAAAUUUGUGACUAAUCUGAACAUAAUUGCAGCAAUCAUCAUGUUUACAAAUGACAAAUAAAUCUUGAAACAAUUUGAUAUAUCCUUCAGUACUGAUAAAUAAAUAUAUACAUAUAUGUAUGUGUGUGUGUGUGUGUAUAUAUAUAUAUAUAUAUAUAUAUAUGAGAGAGAGAGAGAGGUUAUUACCAGUGUUUUUUGUUUUUUUUAAUCAU